AUGGACCGGUACCACAUCUACGAAGCCAUCGGCCGCGGGAAGCACUCCGUCGUGUACAAGGGCCGAAGGAAGAAAACCGUGCAAUACUACGCGAUAAAGUCCGUGGAGAAGUCGCAGCGCCCGCGCGUGUUACAAGAAGUCCAAGUGCUGCGCGCGGUGUCGCACGAGCUCGUGCUCAAGUUUCACGCGUGGUACGAGACGCAGAACCACCUGUGGCUGAUACUGGAGUACUGCGUCGGCGGCGACUUGCUCUCUCUGCUGCGGCAGGACCUCUCGCUGCCGCAGGCGUCCAUAGGCGCGUUCGGCGCGGACCUAGUCGUGUCGCUUCGCACGCUGCAUCGCCACGGUCACGUGCACUGCGACUUGAAGCCGUCGAACGUGUUGAUCGACGAGGACGGCCGGUUGAAGCUGUGCGGUUUCGGGUUGGCGCGCCGCGUCGCGGACGUGCAGAGCUCGCGAGGGACGCCGUCGCAGGCGCGUCUCGCGCGCCGCGGCACGCCGUGUUACAUGGCUCCGGAGCUCUUCUCGGAGACGCACGGGCUGCACUCGUACGCGAGCGAUCUGUACGCGCUCGGGUGCGUCCUGUACGAGUGCGCGUGCGGGCAGCCGCCGUUCGUGUCGUCGUCGCUCAGCGCGCUGAUCGGGAUGAUCUUGGAGAAGGAGCCGCCGCGGUUCGACCCGAAGAUCGAGGCGAAGCUCUCCCCCGCGUUUGUCGAUCUCGUGUUCGGUCUGCUUCGUAAAAACCCGAGCUCGCGGUUGCGUUGGGACGACGUCCUGAAUCACGCGUUCUGGCGCGAGUGCGGGCGAGGGAGCGCGCCGCAGAGCGUGGACGUCGCGAGCGCGAUCGAGCGCGUCGCGCGCGCGGAUCCGCCGCCGCCGCAGCCCGCGUUCGAGGCGGUGGAACGGUCGGUCGCGCUCGCGGACCGCCUCGACGCCGCGGCGACGGUGUCGUCGCCGCGGUCGUCGAGGGGUGGCGUCGGGUCGCCGUCGCCGUCGCCCGGCGCGGCGACGGCGUCGGCGUCGCGAAGCAAAGCGCGCCGAGACGACGUCGCGCGGCUGUCCGUCGCCGCGCGCAUCAACCUCGAGCGCGAGGAGGGCGGCGCGUACGCGGACCGCGACGACAAGAGCGACAAGGGCGGCGCCGGCGGGGGCGACGACGACGACGUCGCGCGCCGCCCGAAAGCCGCCGCGCGCGCCGCCGCCGCGGGCGGCGACGUCGAGCUCGCCAACCCGGACGCGGAGCUCAACUUUGGCGGCGCGGACGCGGACGCGGGCGACGCGUCGCGGCCGGACAGCGGCAGGCCGAAGCCGCGGCCGCUGUCCGGGCGCGAGGGCGACGGCGACAGCACCGUCGCUACGAUGACGCGCACGGGGAGCAACCUGGACGGACGCGAGCGGAGGGGACGGGAGGAGGAAGAGGAGGAUGAGGAGAACGAGAUGGUGGCGGAUCCAGGGACGGAGUCCGCCGCCGCCGCGGUCGCCGCCGAGCGAUCAGCCGCCGCCGCGGAGGAGGAGGAAACGCGUCGCCGCCGCGCCGAGCAGUUUUCCACCUCCUCCGCGUCGACGGCGAAGACGCCGGGGAAGAGUUACCUCACGCCCAGGAGCAGGGACGCGCGGCCGGCGGUGGGCGCGACGCCGGGGUACGGCGGGCAAACGGGGGGCUCGGGGCUGCUGGACCGCGGGGAACCCAACGCGCCGCUCCCCGCGACGACGCCGAUGAACCUCCCGCGUCGAUCGAGGACGGACGACGACGACGACGACGAGAACUCGCCGUCGAGGGAGAACGAGAGAGCGGACAGAGGGCUGGACCUUCGAACGCCGUCGAAGGGUGGCGCCGGCGGUUCCGGAACCCUAAACCCUAAACCGCCGGCGGCGCCUCCCGCGACGGACGCCGGGGCGGCGCUCGAGUCGAUCGCGUCGCUGAUGCAUCACGCCACGGACAGCGCGAUCAAGCCGAUCGUGUUGAACCGCAGGAUCGAGGUUCUGCCCGAGCCGAUGUACGACCCCGCGGGGCUGCCGUUCCCCGCGCUGACCGUCGCGCAGAUGCUGUCGUCGUCGCAGACGGACCUCGAGGCGUUUCUCACGCACAUUUACCGCAGCGUCGCGCACUCGUCGCCCAUCAACGAAAAAGUCAACACGCUGUCGUACUUCGAGACGCUCUGCGUGGACACCGCGGCCGCGAACGUGCUCAUCAACUCGUCGCUGAUGACGCUGUUCGUGCGGAUGCUUCGCGCGAGCAAGGCGCCGAUGCUGCGCAUUCGCCUGACGUCGUGCAUGGGGUUGCUGCUGAGACACGCGACGUACAUCACGGAGGAGCUCUCCGGCUGCGGCGUGGUGACGGUCCUGACCGAGUGCUUGAAGGAUAAGAACGAGCGCGUCAGGCGACGCGCGAUGGCGACGUUAGGGGAGCUCCUGUUUUACAUCGCGACGCAGCAGCACGAGGCGAGCGAGGCGGCGAAACGCGGAGGUCGCGGCGCCUCAAACGGUAAGGCUGGCGCCGCGGAGCCAACCGGCGCGAGUCCCUCCGCCUCCGCGUGGGCGGUGCCCGCGUCCACGGUGGGCACGGUCGCGCGGCUCCUUCGCGCGGGCGAGGACGAGAUCGCGCAGCACUACGCGGUGAAGACGAUCGAGAACAUCACGUCGCACGGCGGCGAGUGGGCGGCGAAGUUUGCGAGCGCGGAGACGACGGCGUCGCUCGUCGCCAUCAUGUCCUCCGCGAAAUCCGAGCAGCUACGCGGCACCGCGGCGAGCUGCCUCGCGCGCGCCGCGCGCCACACCCCCUCGACGCUCCAGACCGUCCUAGAUCGCCACGGCGUCAAGCUCCUCGUGACUGGGCUGAGAGACCCGUCGCCGAAGGUGCAGCAGGCGGCGCUGUGCCUCUUGUGCCAGGGGUUGGGCGAUUUAGGCGCGUUCUACGCUCUGUACACUGGCGCGCGCGCGAGGGCGGCGCUCGCGGCGGAGGACAAGACGGCGUUGCUGCCGACGUUGGUCGGUCUUCUCGAGCGCGGCUCCGCGGUCUUGCGCGGCAAGGCGCUGCUCACUCUCGCGCUCCUCUUCCGCCUACACCCGCGGUGGCUGCUCGCGGCGUGCCAGACGAAGCUUCUGCCGCUGAUCGACCGGCUGCAGAAGGACAAGGAGCCGUACCUGGAGCGGUGCCUCGAGGCGUGCGUCGGCGUCGUCGUCGCGCUCGCGCCCAAGGUGAACGAGGCGGUGCUGAGCGAGAUCGAUCGGCUGACCGGGUCGACCGCGUCGGCGGUGGGUCGUCCGGGGAGUGCCGGCGGGUGGGGCUGGGGCGGCGACGGCGGCGGCGGGACGCGUCCCGGGUCGCGCGGCGGCGGCGGCGGCGGCGCGCCGGGUCGAAUCUCCACGCCGCCCGGCGGCGAGCGGAAUAAACCCGGCCCCGCGCUGUCGCUCUUCCCAAUCCUCGUCCACCUCCUCGGCAGUGCGGUGAUGCGCCCGCGGAUAUGCGACGCGAGGAUGCUCGCGGACGUCGCGUCGUUCCUCGCCGCGGCGGACGGCGGCGCGUCGUUUCCCGGCCGCGUCGAAUUCCGCGGCGGCGCGUUGACGCUGCUCGAGACGCUGUCGCAGUGCGCGCCGUCGGUGCUCGCGGUCCCGGACGCGGCGAUCGAGCACUUGCUUCCCGCGCUCGCGGACAUGCUCGGGAAGCCGGACAGCAGCGCGGACGGGCGGUUCUUAGCGCUGAAGCUGACGUGCGACACGCUGUUGCCGUUGGCGCUCGAUCCGGAGAAGACGGACGGCGGCGGCGGCGGCGGCGGCGGGAGUUCGUCGAAUACCUCGACGCGCCGCGCGCUUCUGUCGUCGCUGCUCCGCGAGAAGCUCCUCCCGCUGUGCCCGACGCUGCUCGCGGACGAGGAUCCGAUCCCGCUGUACGCGCUGAAGCUUCUCGGCGGCGCGCUCGAGGCGGACCGCGGCAUGUGCGAAGCCGUCGUCGAGCUCGGCCUCGCGCCGAAAUUUUUCGAGUUUCUCUCGCUCGAGCACACCAACAACAACGUGCACAACGUCCGUCUGUGCCUCGUCCUCGCCGCGUCUCGCGCGGUCCCGACGCGCGCGCUGUGCGAGUUCGACGCCGGCGCGAAGGUGGCCGCGGUGCUGUCGUACGCGCACGAGAACGCGGUCGAGCCGUUCAUGGAGCCCGCGCUCGGCAUCGCGCGGGCGAUGCUCGCGCGCGCCGCCGACGCGUCGCGCUCCGGCGACGAAACGCUCAUCACGCUGACGUUAAAAUCCACGGCGCCGUUGCUCGAGCUCGCGCCGGUCUUCGUCGAGUGCGCGAGCGCGGGGGAGACUGAGGUGGCGUCGUUCGCGGUCCCGCAGCUCGCCGCCGCCGCGCUCGCGUUGAUGGUGGAGUCGCGGCCACGCGAGGCGUCGGCGGCGACGUUUCAUCCGCGGUCGCCGCUCGUCGCCGCGGUGGAGGCGAUGGGGACGCGCGCGGCGACGGAGCGCGGCGAGCGCGGCUUCGCGGAGGUGUCCGUGCCGUGCGACGACAUGGCGCCGUCUGUGGGCGCGGCGGACGUCGCGUUCGCGCACGGGAUGGGGUCGCCGAGGGCGGGCUUCGCGAGGGCGCAGCGGACGGCGUUGGGGGCCAUCGCGGCGGCGGCGCGCGGGCACGUCGGGCCGCCGCCCGAAGGCGGGGAGGCGCCCGCGUUGGCGUCGACGCUGAGGAAGCUCGCGCGGGGGGAGCCGUGCGCGGGGAUCGCGGCGGCGGCGGCGGCGGCGGCGGAUUCGGUCGCCGCGCUCGUCGCGAGAGGGGCGGCGCGGUGAGAGGAGAGUGGAAGUAAAAUUCGUUUUUAUCCGAGUUGAGAUGCGAUAUCUU